AUGAAUAAUUCAACAAAUAAGAGUGCAAAUAAAGUGAACACCAAAUAUGACAAAACUGACAAUGGUAAAUUUAGAAAGCGAGUGAAUCUUAAAGAUCAUCAUCGAUCUAAGAAGGGUAGAUCAGUUAGCACUGGCAAGCAGAGUGGAGAUUAUGAGAAUAGUGUUUUAUCUUUAGAUAAUAAACGAGAUGAAAAAUCACAAGAGCAAAAUGAUGUUGAACAUGAUCAACAGCUUGAUACAAAAAUUUCACAAAAAAAUAUCAGCCAAGAGCGCAAGAAUAAAGAAAAAUUAUAUUUGAAAAAUGAUUCUACAGAAAAUCGAAAUAAGUCUGACAAAAAGUCAAAGAAUCCUAAAAAAACUAAAUACUCGGAAGAUGAACUUUCACAACAAACAAAUGAAAGCUUGAAAGAAAAUAGAACUCAUAAAAAGAAUUAUAAAAAGGAAAAAAGAUCUAAAAUGAAUAUUGGGGAUAAAACUGAUUCAAUGAGUCAAUCAGAAAUGAAGCAAAUGAAGAUGAAGAAAAACGAAUCAAAAAAUGAUCGAAGGAAAAGUGAUUUUAAACAAGAAAAGAAAGAUAAAUAUGAAGACUGGGAAAUGAAAAAAGGUUAUGAUUAUUACGUAUCUAAGGCAUCAUCCAAUGACCAAUCUGAUGACGAGGAAGGUAAAGUGAAACACUUUCCAAGUGAAAAAACUAUAUUAACUUCUUCUGAUGAGCCAAUACAUAAAAAACCUAAGAACAAGAAAGCACAAAUAAAAAAUAAUAGUUUGCCAAAGCAAGUGGAAUCAAUAACUGAUGGCUGGGCCUUUGAAUCCUUAUGUGAUGAUGAAUGUAAUAAUAUUGAUGGAUCUUGGUUUACUGAACUUGCUAAGCAUAGGGAAGAGCAAAGAAACAAUCAUAAAUCCAAUAACUGGCUCUUCGAAAGAGCGAAAUCUAGAGAAGAAAAACGUGAUCAAGAUGGUUGGUGUUUUGAUCGAAUAAAAAAGAAGCAAAAUAAUACAAAGCGACAGAAGAAGAGCUCAAACUUUAAAAGCAAGUUAUAG